AUGUCCUGGGUCUCCUUCUGGAUCGACCCGGCCUCCGCUCCGGCCAGAACAGGACUCGGAGUGACCACUGUCCUGACCAUGGUCACGCUGAGUGGAAAGAUCGGGGCAGCUCCAGAACUGAAUUACGUCCGGGCGAUCGACGUCUGGAUGCUGACCUGUAAACUGUUCGUCGUGUUGGCCCUGCUGGAGUACGCGUUCGUCAACUUCACUGCCAUGAAGGAAAAGGAAGAACAGACGCCUGCUGUCGAUGUUGAACAGCAGGCAGAGCAGGUAAAGAAAGAAGCGGGACCAGAUCUGUACGACUGUGAGGAAAACGAAAACAAGACGUCCUUGAAGAAGAAGUUUAAGUUCUCCGUCUCGACCGUGAUGGCAGAGAAACUUCCUCGUAGCCUGGACCAUGUGUCACGUGUGCUGUUUCCAGUCGCUUUUGUUAUCUUUGUUUGUGCAUACUUUGGUUUGUACGUAUCAGCUGAAUAG